GCUGUGUUUGCUCUUAUCAUGUGUCGGAUUUUUAUAUUAUUAAGUUUAACACGAGACUCUGGUGGCCUCACUCGAUAGUGAGUGUCUGGCACAACCAACAAAAGGCUGCUUGCUUUCAAAGGCUCCGCCAACAGCUGUCCAAGUGAGAUUACACAGUGGACCGCAGGCUAGAGGAGGGAUAUGGGUCCAAGUCUGACGCCAAUGAGUUCAGCAACUGAGACAUACAGCCAAUGUCGAUCCACUCUAGGUAUCCAGAAAAUAAGAAGAGUGAAUCAAGCCAUCAUCAGAUUACUUGACUUUCAUUUGUUGAGAAACAGUAAAUAAGAAAACAGCAGGCUAGGAUAUUUUUCUCAAGAGCUACCCGGAUCUUUUUGGGUCAUGUUGCUAGCGCUCUCUCUGCCAAUGAAAGCGGAGCGCAGUCGGAAUAAGCAGCGGCUGGAGGCCAGCCUGGCCGGCUUGUGUGAGCUGGAGUUGCUCAAACAGAGGCAGGAAUAUCGGGUACUGAGCGCUCUCUACCUCGGGGAUUCUCCUGUCACCGGGCGUCCGACUUGGGGAGCUCUACGAUCGGCACACUGCGUUCAGGACGCAUCAAAAAGUAGUGCGGACUACAGCCACAGUUUCCAAACGAGUAGACUCCAGUGUAUGCCGUGGGAUAUAGAGGCAUCGUUAGAAGAGCAGGUAGCAGAGUUGAAGGUGAACACUGCGGUCAGAUCAGCAGAUACUCCUACUGAACGGAAGGGCAGCCAACCCAGUUCAGGAGAAGUGCUUAUAUUCACGCAAAACAGAUUUCCUGAAUCAAAUUACCACCCUGUGGUUCUCCGUUCCCUCUCAGGCCCUGAGGAGACUGAAGAGACAGAGAAAGGAGAAACAUGGCUGUCAGGCACAACAAGACAAACCAAAGUUACUGAUGCUUUUGGGAACGUGAGGGGUGUCGACUCCAGUCAGGAAGAUUAUCAACAAGCCCAAAAGUUGGAGACUUACAUAUUUGGAUUGAUCCAGCGCAGAGCCCUACCCACACGCCCCUCAAAGCCCCGCACCAACCUUACACAUGAUGCCCGAGCUGUCAGUGUGGUGAGGCAAAGUAGUUUAUGCCACAAGGAGGAGCAAUGUUCACCAAAGGAGAUCACUACUCCAUCCCACUGUUCAGAGGGAACUGCUCCACAGGCUUACCAUAACUUCGAUCGGGAGCAUUACCUAUUAACAGGGUUUACUGAAGAUUCCCCACCCCCAUACCACGACCAUCUCCAACAAAGUGUCAAGCAUCAACCGGGACUUUAUCACAGGCCUAGACAUGCUUGCAUGACUGAUGACAUCUCCUGCUCAACCUUACAGGUCUGUCCAUCUUUCAGAGUUCUGCAAACCCACCCAGACUCCAGCAAUAGUGAUCCUGAUUCACCCCAAUAUUUGUACAACUACCCUUCCCCUUCAGCUCUGUCAAAGUCCCUACAACCACCUUCAUCUGAUGAGCAGCUCGUCAAUGCAGAGUACAUUCCAGCUCAGCCGUGCCAAGCCUCUACCCGAGCUUAUGCUCAAUCCCACUCUAACCCCCAUAAGAGCUCUGGGGUGCCCAAACUUAACCCAAACACAUAUUCUUCAGACAGAAGCUAUCAUCAUCAUCAUCAAGAGCAGCCCACAGUAUCUCAGAUCCAACCCUCCCGAUGCCGAGGGGGCCCAAAGAAAUGCCGCUCAACAGAAGACAGAAGUGGUGUCAGUAGGAAGCCAGGAAAGAAGACAUGUAGGUCUCAGUCAGAGAACAGUCUGCAAAGGGUUCCAGAGCGCAAGUACAACACAGUAGAGAGGGAUGGUGGAGGAAGUGGAUGUGGUGGAAGAGGAAGCCGCAGUAGUCAUUCCAGGAGCAAGAAACAACAGCAAGGAAGUGGUAGCUAUCGGCGCUGGCAGUCUACCUUGGAGCUCAGCCAAGAUGAGGCUGACCAAUCACCUAUGCAAGGCUCCUCAGCUGCAAACCAAAAGGUGGACCACUGUGGAAGGCGUACACGCAAAUCUCGCCUUACACAUGCAUCAUAUGCCUACCCACACCCCCAUGCCCACCACCAUCAGCAAGUGGAAUACUUGAGGGUCCAAGUGCCACCCUGCCAGCCUAGUGAGGAAUACUCUCAGCCAGAUCAGGGUGAGUCCGAGUCCAGCAUGAGUGAUGGAGACUCUCCAGAUUCCAGUUCUUUGUCCAGUGACUCAGAUGAAAGUGGUUGUCUGGUUUGGCCUCAACAACUACCACCUCAACUUUCCCUCCCGUCACCUCCUGCCACACUUGGAGUGCCUUUGCAGCCCAAAGCUUUUGUCAAGAUUAAGGCCUCACAUGCCCUUAAAAAGAAGAUCUUACGCUUCCACACUGGUUCACUGAAAGUAAUGACCACUGUAUAAUACCUGGACCACUCUGCAUAAGCAGUGUGUGACAUCUGUGUCUAUAUAGUGUCCACAGAGUCGCCCAGCCCUAUCUGUCUACAUAAACCUUGCCUUUGAUACAUUUUUUCAAAUCUGUGACAUAUUCUACACAUAUAAACAUAAAACCUGUAGUUAAAAAUUGCUUUGAAAUCAAGCCAGCCUGGUUCUGCAACACAAAUGUAGGGAAAUGAAUUAUGCCCCAGGCUCAAAAUGAAAUACUGGCUCAACAAGAGCUCAACAUGAGCUGAAGAGCUUUGGACUAUAUGAAAUGAUGGACAUACAAACUACAGUGAAUAUAAAAUCUAUGGGUACAUGAAGUACUAUGGUGAGUGGCUGGCUGAAUUCAUUUCAUCAUUUUGGAUCAGACUUAAUAAUUAAGCAAAUUUAUAUCACCAAAUCAAUCUUAUUGUUCCAUAAAUGUGUGUUAAAUUUUGCUUACUUUAAUUUUUCUUUGGAUGACUGUGAUUUGGCCACAUUUGUUCUUAAUUUUCCUCACCCAUCCACAUGCACAAACCCACUGAGUAGUGUUUAGUAGUCCAUGGUGACAUUGUCUUUUAGACAACAGCGAACUGUUUUCCGUGAUUCUGAUUUCCAAUGAAACACAAGUAAUCACACUGAGACUUUUACAAGAACAUUUUGGUAUUAUUAUCCUUUGCAUUUAUUGUAGCUUGGUUGUACAUUUAUUCCAAGUAAGAUUCAGUUAUCUUAAUUGCACAGUAAAUGGAUAUAAUACUUUUUCAGAAACAUACAACAAUUAAAUAUAGUGUGGGUGGAAGUAAAUUUAUCUGUCAGACAGGGGAAAUGUGACUACAGGAUAUAAAAUGAGUGGUUGUGAAGGAGUUGAUUGUCAGCACAGCACUGAGUGCUUGCAACACAUUUUUUAUGGAAUUUGUGGUUGUGAUGGUAAAUCUCACGUGAACAAACAGAUUUUCAGCAUAAAUGAAGUCUGCAGUAGUAGAUACAAACCAGCAAUAUUUAAACUGCCUUUAAAUGUUCUGGUAACACCAGUACCAGUAUUCUUGAAUGACUUUAUUGGAAAUGUUAAGUAGCAAUAGCUUUUAAUGUUAAUAGUAGGGUACUUGCAAAGAAUGUAUUUAAAUUUACUGUUACUUUCAGUAUUUUACAGUAUUAUCAUUUAAAGUGCACUAUUCAAGUUACUAUUUGAAGAAGUUUUGACAAAAUGCAGUGUAUGAAAUUAAAGGCUUCUUUUUUCAAAAAUA